AUGGGCAGAAAGCGGAAGGUCCCUCACCCGGUUUCGCCAACGCCGAUGGCAAGAAACCUCCGGAGUAACAUACAGAUAGGAAUCAGACUGUUACCCAGGGGACCUCAGAGACUAAACAUCUAUGCGAAAGCAAAUGUCAUCGGCCAAGUGGUUGCGGCGUUGCAAGGGCAUGAGGAGUUGGAACAUCUCCGGCAAACGCAGUUCGCCGGAUUGCUGAAUCUUCCGGUAGCACGAUCCUCUAAUUCCGCUAAACUUAUUCACGCUCUGCUUGCCGGCAACUGGGAAUUUAAACGAAUUAUUGGGCUCUACUGCGGGAAAAUUCCGGAGGACCAUUUGGCGGAGAGGGAGACAAGUCCAGAAACGAGUUCAUCAAGUCAGUCUACUGAAGACGAUGAUGGGAAAAAGAAACAAAUGUCAACUAUGUGGAAAGACUUGUUUGGGAGGAAGGAUGCGCAAGUAACUGUUGAUGAUGCCAUUGCCAUGCUAGAGGAUCCGAAUUUGGCUCAGUGGAAAAGGAUGCCCCUGGCUCUUAUAAUCCUGGUGGAAGGUGUUCUUAUAUGCCGUGACAAGCAUCUCGUAUUCACACCCUCAUACGUGGAUAUGCUAUGCGAUAUGGAGUACUUCCUCGAGUUUCUUGGGGCAGAGAAUCUUUCUUGA